CCUCUCAAGAAAUACAGAAAUGUAUUUGCUGUUUGGAUGCGGAGUUUACGUGUGUUUAUACCUGUAUCUUAAACUGAAGAAAGGGAAGUGCAACAGCAAGAAAACCCUGGAAGGAAAAACGAUAGUGAUAACUGGAGCAAACACAGGAAUUGGAUUUGAAACAGCUUUAGAUCUUGCCAAGAGAAAUGGACGGAUUAUUCUUGCAUGUCGAAAUGCCCAGAAGGGAGAGGAAGCUAAAAAUAAAAUUGUUCAGCUGACGGGAAAUACCAGUGUCGUAUUUAGACAAGUUGACGUUAGUUUGAUGUCAUCUGUAAAAUCGUUUGUCGACGUCAUCAGACGGGAAGAAAAUAAAGUGGAUAUUUUAAUCAACAACGCUGGCAUUGUGGUGCAGAAUAAAAUAAUGACGGAGGAGGGACUGGAACUGACCUUCGCCACAAACCACUUCGGACCUUUUCUUCUAUCAACCCUACUUCUAGAUUUACUGAGGAAAUCUAAAGGACGGAUUGUCAAUGUAGGAUCAGCGGCUAGUGUGAUAGGAAAGGUUGACUGUGAUAAUUUGAGGGCGGAGAAAGGGUACAGUCAACUCCAGUACCAUAAUUCCAAAACUGCUACUCUCCUGUUCACCAAGGAACUGGCCAGGAGAGAGACAGACGUGACGAUUUGUUGUGUUCACCCCGGGACGGUCAGAACGAACGUAUUUCGUCAUAUGCCCCUGCCAGUCAAAAUCCUUAUAUCUACGGUAUUCAGGGUGUUAACAAGGUCCCCUUCAGAGGGUGCUCAGCCCGUCCUGUUCUGUGCGCUUGAUGACUCGAUACGGACGGGAGGAUACUACAUGGAUUGUCGUCUGUGCGAUCACAGUCUGUGGGUUCCUAAGUCUGCCUACGACGUGGGACUCGCCAAGAAACUGUGGGAAACAACGGAGAAAAUACUGGCUGAAUGUUGAUAAUAGAUAAAAUAGUGUAUAUCAGUCAUCUUUGCUGCCAGUUGCCUUUGACUCGCAUUCUCCUCAUAAACAGAACUCGCGAGGAGAAAGUGUCUAAAACACAUGGUUACUGAAGAUGUAUACCAGUUUAAUUUCUCAGGGAAAAAAAGUAUAUGAUUUGUUAUCAUUUUUAAGAUUUUCUGCAACAUUGUUUUGUUUCAAAUUGCCUUAUAAACAAUAAAUUUUGAGUGUUUAUGAUA